UAUAAAUCACAAUUCACAGGCUUCUUGCUUUCUCUCAUUGCUUCUUCUCCUCCAAUCACCUUGCUGAUCAGAGUACUAUUGAGAGAAGGAAGCAAGAGAGCGAGAUAGAAUGGGUCGUGGAGUUAGUGCAGGUGGAGGGCAGAGUUCUUUGGGGUAUCUUUUUGGUAGUGGAGAAGCUACAAAGCCAGUAGCCGUUAACAAAGCUCCAGCUGAAACUCAGUCUCCUACUCCUGCUCCACCUCCUCAAGCCGCUGCUCCAAUUCCAAAGGCUGUUGAUGGCACCAAACAAGUUCCUGCUGGUCUCAAUAGCAACUCUGCAAACAAUUACAUGCGCGCAGAAGGACAAAACACAGGCAACUUCAUCACGGACCGGCCAUCGACCAAGGUUCAUUCAGCUCCAGGAGGUGGCUCGUCUCUGGAUUACCUCUUUGGUGGUGGUAGCAACUAGCAACAGAGGCCUAAACUUGGUCACUAUAUAUGUACUUCUAUCCCAAGUCUGUCUUAUGUAAUUCUUGUGGAACCUCUUGCAAAAAAAAUCUGUGAUUGUCUUCGAUUAAUAUACAAAAUGUGCUUCAAAAUGUUGUAUGGUCCUCGUAUAUUCUGUUUCAAUUCUACUUGUUCUUGAUUUCACAUUUUCUA